ACCAUGGAGCAAAUGGCCAAAGCGAGCGAGAUGAUGCGGAGUGUUUGCGUCGGCAAAACGAAAGCACCCAUGGACAUGCUCGAUGGACUGGGCCGGGGAGAAUUUGCUGACAACAAGGAGCUAAAAUGCUACGUCAAUUGUGUGCUGGAGAUGAUGCAGGCGAUUCGUAAAGGCAAAGUGAACGCCGAAGGUGCAAUCAAACAGGUGGACCUGCUCAUCCCGACGGAAAUCGCAGAACCCACCAAGAAGGCUUUCGAUAUGUGUCGAAAUUCGGCGGAUGGCAUCAAGAACAACUGCGAAGCCGCUUGGGCGCUGGUCAAAUGUCUCCAUCAGAACAAUCCUAAAUUUUUCUUUAUACAGGUAUUCCUCGUUAUAACGUCUGGAUGUUUUAACAUGAACGGCAAACUUUUGAUCAUUUUCGGCGUGUGCUUGAGUAAGCUGAGUGGUGUUCUGAGUUCCAUGACGGAAGAGGACAUGAAGCGAGCUGCCGAAAUCAUGCGGAAUGUCUGUCAGCCCAAGUACGAUAUUUCCGAUGAAGUAGCAGCGGGUGCUUCCAGUGGAGUAUUCCCAAAUACCAGAGAGUUCAAGUGCUACGCUUCAUGCUUGAUGGAUCUCACGCUUACCGCAAAACGAGGCAAGCUAAACUACGAUGCAGCGGUCAAGCAAAUUCAACUGCUUCCGGAUGACUACCGAGAACCGUUUCGCAUUGGACUGGACUCGUGUAGGACUGCAGCGGAUGGAAUCGACGACUACUGCGAGGUGGCGUAUGCUUUGCUCAAGUGUUUCUUCGCCGCCAGUCCGCGGUUUUUCUUUCCUUGAACGGAGGAAAUGAUAUUUAAUGCACAGACAAAUAUACGUAACUCUUUGAACUACUUUUGCUUCAA